CGAUCAGCUUGGGGAGCUGAUCUUCGCCGGGGUGAAGGCGAACCUGAACGAGCUGAUGGAGGAUCAGUACGGGAAUCAUCUCGUGCAGAAGAUAUUCGAGCUCUGCAGUUACGAUCAGAUGGCUCAGAUUCUGCUCGUCGUCAGAGCCCACAGGGACAGAUUCGUAGAUACCUGCCUCCACCAGCACGGGACUCGAGCGGUGCAAAAGAUGAUACAACACAUCCAAGCUGCGGAUCAGAGGGCUUCCUUCUUGUCG